ACAGUCAUAGUACGCUUUAAAGCGGUCGGAAAUGCUCCGAUUAUGAAGCAGAACUUCUACCGGAUUACCGCCUCCAAUCGCUUCCAGGCGGUCAUCCAGUUCCUGCGGAGGGAGCUUGGGUGGAAAGCAGGAGAUCCUCUCCACACGUACAUCAAUCUCGCAUUCUCGCCGUCCCCGGACGACACCGUGGCGAACCUCUUCAAGUCUUUCUCGACGGACGGGCAUCUUAUCGUGAAUUAUAGGUGGUGUGGGGUCGUAGUGUGA